AUGACAGUCGGCCAGAGCGUGAUCCCACUUAUAGAUGUUAGCCCCUUUACAAUAAAAGGCGCAUCUGAAGCGGAAAAAGAAAAGGUUGUUGCGCAAGUCCGAGACGCGUGUCGCAAAUAUGGCUUUUUCCAAAUUGUUGGACAUGGCAUUGCUUCGGAGCUACAGGCAAAGGUACUUGAAUGCGCCAAGACAUUCUUCGAUCUCUCAGCCGAGGAGAAGCAAAAGGUUGGCAUGGAACAUGCAAUAGGCGAAUCCAAUCGUGGAUUUGAAGUCAUUGGAGGUCAAAAGCUACAGUACGAUGCUUUUCCAGAUUUAAAGGAGGGUAUCUAUUUCGGAGCCGAGAUUGAUAACGAUGAUCCAAGGGCCGGUACAUUUCUACAAGGUCCUAAUCUCUGGCCAGAGGAGUUACCCGAGAAAGAAUUUCGGAUGCCUAUCAUGGAGUAUCAUGAGAAACUUCUUGAUCUCUCUCAGGCAAUCCUUCAAAUCCUAGCACUCGGUCUGCCGUAUCCACCUGAUAUAUUUGAUGAAAUCACAAAGAGUGCUGCUGGAACUGUUAAGUUACUGCAUUACCCACCACAGAGAUCCACUGACCUACAGCAACUUGGAGCUGGCGCACACACCGACUUUGGAUCCAUAACCUUGCUCUUGCAGCAGCCCGACCAGACAGGGUUAGAAGUUUUCUAUCCUCCAUCCAAGAGUUGGAUUCCCGUACCAGCAGUCCCUGGUCGGUAUAUAGUGAAUAUUGGCGACCUGCUUGACGGUUGGACUCGGGGAGAAUAUCGCAGUGCGGUUCACCGAGUCAUCAACAAAACUGACCAUCAUCGCUACAGUGUACCCUUUUUCUACGACGGGAAUCUCUCAUAUAAACUUCGCCCACUGGACGGGACUAGUGAUGAAAUGGCUAUGACUGUUGAGGAGCAUCUCAGAAAGAAAUGGAGCCAGAGCUACAGCAUCAAACAAUAG